GAGUCAUCACCUUUUUCCUGUUUGCACUUGUUGCAAAAUACUCCUUGUCCCAUCCUAUCAAUUUAACAGUGAUGUUGAAUUACCCAGUUACACUCUGCUCUGGAUCAUGCCAUGGUGGUGUCAUCGAGUUGAGGCAUUAUCAGGAAUCUCAAUCAGGGUCCAUCAUCACGAAGAUGGUUGCUAAACUUGACGGAGAUCAUUUAACCACAGGGGAAGGAUUUUUUAAGAAGAGGUUUGAAAACAGGGAUGGAAAAUUCUCUCUAACCAUCUCCUCAGCUGAGUACAAUGACAUGGGGUUGUACGAGUGUGUCUGUGGCAAGUACAAACAGCAUGUAAAUCUACAAGUAUUGGUCCCCACUGAAAUAUCUGCCCAUGUUGGAGGAAAUGUCACACUUGCCUGCCAUGGCUUAACUAAUAAAAUGACAAAGGACAGUGAGAUAUUUGUCCAGUGGAUGAAAGAUGGACAGAAUGUGUCUACCAUCAGUGCAGGGAAUAUAACCUAUGGCUCUGGGUAUAAGGACAGGGUAUCUGUGUCCAUGGAUGGUUACCGAAAGGGAGACAUUUUCCUCAACCUCACCGACUUACGCCUUUCUGAUCAGGGGACAUACUGGUGCUUCUUCGGCCCUGACCACCAGAGAGGAAAUCCAGGAGCUGUCAUUCUCACUAUCACACCAAAAGAAAAGCCAGACGACAACACAGGAAUGUCAACAUGGGUGAAGGUGGUGGUGGUGGUGUUGGUGGUUGUUUUGGUGAUCAUCCUAGUUGCUGUUUACUGUUUUCUUGGAGGUAGAUUGAAAGAGACAAUGGCUGCUUGGUUUAAAGGGACUUGUUUGAGAUCUCAGUUCAAUCCCUGUCUAGAAGGGGAACAGGGUGGGGAGCAUCUCUCUGUCACCAUAAGUGAAAGUGAAUCAGAGACAGAAGAAGACAGGACUGGGACAAGGACAUGUUUUGUCCCCUAUGCACCUGCCUGUAUCAUCAGAGCCCUGUCAGGACCUCCCUCUACCACUGGCCUUGUUACCAAGGCUACUGCCGGACCUCCCUCUACCCCAGGCCUUGUUAUCAAGGCUACUGAUGGACCUCCCUCUAUCCCAGGCCUAGUUACCAAUGGUACUGAUUGACCUCCCUCUAUCCCAGGCCUUGUCACCAAUGGUACUGAAUGACCUCCCUCUAUCCCAGGCCUUGUUACCAAGACUACUGAUGGACCUCCCUAUAAUAUCUAUUUCAUGAUUGUUUACUGUCUCCAGUUUGUUUAAUAAAAUGUUAAACUUGAA